AUGUCUUUUUUCGACGGAAGACAACCAGCAAUGUUCGACGUUAAAAAACGUCUUGGUAACGUGGAAAGGAGCACUAUCGAUGAGGCAGACUCUGCUCCAGAGUCAUGGGUGGAGUUGGCCCCAUCGCGUGCGUCCUUGUGCAGUAGCGUUGAUGCGUUGGUGAUGAUUGAUGCAGAUAUAACAGCUAGGGAAGGCAGUAGGCAAAGUCCAGUCAGCCUCCAGAGUCCACAUGUCGAAUUCGAGCCAAAUUUGGAGCAAGUGAAGUUUCGGCUGACGCAAGAUUUGCCGUCGUCCAAAAAUGCCGAUUGGACAUGGUAUUGGAGUAGCCGACCUGAGACACAUCCACCAAGGUCAGUGCGGCAACGUUCUGGUCUACUAGAUUCUACACUCUCGACACCUCCGAAUAGUCCCGAGCCGGAGAGUCUAACAGCAUCAUCUCCAGUGGAAUACCAUCGAAAAGCAAUCAUCUCGAAGUCAUCGUCACUGUUUCGUUUGGACAUUCUUUUCGGUUUUGUCGUUUCCAAUCUUGUCACUUUCAUGCUUGGCGCCGCGAUCGGAUUUUGUGUUUGCAAGAAAUUGGUCCGUAGUCAGAAGGAAAUUUGA